AUGUCAGAUAAUGCAGCCAAGUCAAAAGCUGAUUUCUUCAGUGUUGCUGGGAAAUCUUUCCUCGUGUAUGUAGACAGGCUAUCUGGAUGGCCAGUAGUGGUAAAAUUUGGUACUAAUACUACAGCAGAAGUAACGACACGUCACUUCAGCCACAUCUUCCGAGACUUUGGUGUUCCAGUAAGGCUGAUGACAGAUGGUGGACCUCAGUUCACCAACUCUGAAUUCAAGAAUUUUCUGGGCAGAUGGGGUGUUCAACAUGUGAUGUCCACACCCCACUAUCUCCAAAGCAAUGGCCAUGCUGAGGCAGCUGUAAAGGUCAAACAUUUUAUCCUAAAAGUAGCCCCUUCUGGGAAUAUCGACAUCGAAGACUUUGACAGAGGAUUGUAG